AUUAAAUGAUCUUUUGAGUUGAGUCGUCCUUUCUUUCAGCAGGGAGGAAGGAGGAAGUCACGGUACCCCCGACCUAAUAUAACCCCAUCUGGAACAGAAACAUGGCUUCAAAUAAUGGCUCAGUCGGCAAAUGGGAGGUAGUAAAGAAAGGGAAGAAAAAUAACAGCACAGGAGGAGGCAAGAACCCGACUGACAAGAAAUCCGGCGGCGGCAUCGGGGGAAGGAAAGCCCUGGGCGAAUCUAACCAGCCAUCCAGACCACCCCUGAAGAUGUCAGAAACGCUGUUUGACGGCUUUGAGAAGAUGGGAAAGAAACAGAACAAGGAGCAGGUUCCACCACCAGCCGAGCCCGAAAAUAAAAAGACCUCAUCAAGUAAAGCAUCUAAGAAAUCACAAUCCAGCAGUCCAGUAACCCCCGCAACUCACAAGACCCUCGAGGAAGCCUUCAAAACAUUGGAUGUUGGGGACCUGAAGCAGCAGUUGGCUCGCAGUCAGACCCUGUUUCCAGAAAACCCGUCAGUGUGGGUCAAAGACCUGGCUGGAUACCUCAACCUCAAUCUGACUGCGCCUGAGCCUGAGCCCACACUCAGCAGCUAUGCUCACGACUACCCAUACUGCCUUUCAGGAAAAGAGCUGAAGGGUGUGAUCAAAGGCCUCAUCGGACGCUGCAGUGACAUUCUGCCAGAUUUCUUCGACCACUGUGUUUAUACCAUGCUCAGGGAGAUGGACAGACAGUCAGGAGAACCUCUGCAUGGCUACAGACUUUGCAUCCAGGCAAUCCUACAGGACAAACCCAGGAUAGCAACCCAAAACCUGCCAGAGUAUUUGGAAUUACUGCGAUCGGUUCAGAAUCGUCCAGUGAAGUGUUUGACCAUCAUGUGGGCUCUCGGCCAAGCUGGAUUCUAUGACCUCAGCCAGGGACUCCGAGUGUGGCUGGGUAUCAUGCUUCCUGUGCUGGGAGUGAAGUCCUUGUCUUCAUAUGCCAUUGCAUAUCUGGAGAGACUUCUCCUACUUCAUGCGAACCUAACAAAGGGAUUUGGCAUCAUGGGUCCUAAAGAGUUCUUUCCGUUACUGGAUUUCGCCUUCAUGCCCAAGAACGCCCUGUCAUCAAGUCUGCAGGAGCAACUGAGGCGUCUGUACCCUCGACUGAAGGCCCUCGCAUUUGGAGCCAAACCCGAGAGCACGUUACACACAUACCUGCCAUCAUUUCUGUCCAGAGCAACACCACACUGUCCAGAUGACAUGAAGAGAGAGCUUCUCAGCAGUAUGACUGAGUGUUUGUGUGUAGAUGUACAGAGUCUAGGAGUGUGGAGACAGCUCUAUACCAAACACUUACCCCAGUCCAGUCUGCUGUUGAACCAUUUAUUAAAGUCCUGGAAUAUCCUGCCACCAAAGCUUCGGAAGAACCUCGAAGAAACAAUCCAGUCUUUCAGAGUGACCAACGAAGAGAUGAAAGAUGUCAUUGAAUCUCAGGAGCUUCAGGACUGCAAUAACCUGUGCCAGAAUCUACAGGUAAAGAUGCGCGGUCGCGGGUUCCCCUGGUCCAAACUGCUCAUGGUUCUGCUCGUAUUUGCUGCAGGCUUCAUCGCACAUGACGUCAGAUCUCACGGUUCCUUCAAAGAUUCCACCACAGCCAUGUAUCUGCGCAACUCGGGGGUCACAGCCGUAUCUCAGCAGGCCUGGAGCAAAGUAAAGGUCUACUCUACGCAGGCCUUCAGCUGGUUGGAGACAAAUACUCCUUAUUAUUACUCUGAGUGUGCGCGGGUUUUGGGGCCACUAUUGGACCAAGGUUUGGAAAAGACAAAAACAGCCGCCAUCUUCAUCUCUGAAAGCACCACACAGUUUAUCCUCUGGGUCAAAGAAAAGACACCGCAGGCCAUAGAAUGGGUGAACACCAACACUCCUGACAGUGUGUUCCAAGUGGUGGCGUAUUUAAAGGCGUUGCUCCUCUCCCUCCAUCAGAACUACAUCCUGCCAGCGCUGGCUUACAUAUCUGAACUGCUACAACGAGCGUGGACCCACCUACAGGACUCCUGCAACGGUGAGGUGUCUGUAUCAUGUCUGCAGGGACACGCUCUGUCCUUCACCAACUCAACGUGGCAGCUGCUCCAACACACGACGUCGGCCAUCAAGACGUGGGCUCAGGAGCUGCUGACACGAGCGUGAUAACAUCACAGAUGUUGACUAAUUUACACAAUCGCGCACACACACAAUAUACACACAUGAAGUAUCCACUGGCCCAAUCUGAGGCAGCCUUUCAGUGCGUCGGCUCCCCUCUCAAGCCGUGAUUGGACACUGUGGGGUCAGACAAACAAACUCUCACUCAAAAUGACCCUUCUAUCUCUUAUAUUUCUUGUUUUGGCUCAAUUUUUUUAAUCAGUUUGCUGUUGUACAAUGUUUUUUUAUUUUUUUUUUCUACCAAUCUUUUUGUCACUGCUGGACGCAGAGGUCCUGUCUCUAUCUCUCUCCCUGAGUUUUCUACUGCAAAUUUCAGCUGUUGAUUUAACCUUUAGGUUAAACAGAUUGUGUAAUUUAUAGAAAAUGUAGGUUUGUAGAUAAUUUAUAAACCGUUUUUAUUUAAAGAUUUAUUAAAAUAAAGUGUAAAAAACUUGGUAAAGGGCAGGGAAAAGACCAAAACAGAAACAUUGUUCGUGUGUGUGUCGGGCUCAGUAAAGCGGUCAAACCUGAGAAUCUGUCCAGUGGGCAGCUCACAAUGUAAAGCCUUCACUAGGAAAGAUAUUGUGGGUAAAGGGUCACAUCUGCCAGUGGAUUGACUCCUUUAGAAAAAGAGUUGACAGCAUUAAGGAGUCUCACAUCCAUCUAAAAGGUCCAGAAGGAGAAAUCUACCGUCUUGUCCUUUCUGCACAUCUCCUCAUCUUGUCUUUGCUGCUUCGUCAUCUGUCUGCUGUUUCUCGUGCUUUUACAUUUGCCAUCAGUAGCUCCACACCAAAUCUUAAAGCAGCAGUUGUGUACUCACACUUGAAGGCUGAUGAUAUUCUGUGUGUGUGUGUGUGUGUGUGUGUGUGUGUGUGUGUGUGUGUGUGUGUGUUUGUGUGCGUGUCUACAUGGAUCAACAAGCUUAUUCUCAAUAAUGGGAUCAUGGUUAACCCCGUGCCAACGUCCUCCUGUAUGCCAGAAUUUGACUAAGAAUAAACCCUCUCGUCUGGGCAAGGCAAACAUUUCUGACCAGCUGAUUCACUAACCCUUUGUUGUAAACAAUAUGUUUGGAUGGAUAUAUGGCAAUGACUAAUGUCUUAAUUUGUAAUGUAAAUGAUUUAUAAUAAAGACUUCAAUCCCA